AUGGGCAAACCGCGCCACGGAACAUUGAGCAUCAGCUUCGAGUGUGACCCGGCAGAGUCGGACGAGCUCGUCGCAGCGACACAAGCGGAGUUGGAUUGCCUGAAAGAUGGCUCCACAGAGUUCACGGAAGCAAACGUUGCAGCAGCGCUGGAGCAGGAUUCUCGUGAGUUUGAGGAGCUGAUCCACACCAACGGUUGGUGGGCUGGCACAAUGCUGGACCUUUAUUUCUCCCGUUGCUACGUGGCUUUCGGGGAGAUUGGCAAGCAGGAGAGAGCUGCGCGAUUCUGCAGCCACACCGAGUACGGGGGCCUCGCUGUACUUUGCGUGUACUCCUUCCAGGUUCGGUUCCGCGACAUAGGUGAGAACGGGGGACAAGUCUGCCGAAUCGAUCCACCGCAAGACCAUCGUUGGGGGAUCCUGCUCCCCUACGCAAGUUUGAAGCACUACCUGCACGACGGCGACUUCGGCUUGAUCGUGGUGGUUCGCCACAAGGUGGGCCGAAACGAGCCCGUGAGGCUCACUCACUGGAGGAGGGCCGUGAGAAUCAUGACAGACCGCCACUGCAGCAUGGAACACGCAGUCAAAAGGGUCACGGACAUUCGCAAGCAUCUCGAGCUCCUUGAAGGCAAGUUCGCCACAGCCACGUUUUCGACCUCCUCCAGCACGCGGACGACGGCAGGUGGGGGACCGGAUUCCAAUAACCGCCCCGCCGUCGUGGUCGGUGGAUGGGAUGCUGACCAAAGUGCAAGUGACACGCUUCGCAUGGCUAAAGAGCACAUUGCAAGCCUCGAGAUCGACCUGGACACCGAAGAGGCCUUUGUACCAGGGCUUCGACGUGGCUUCGCCAUUGUGCCGGUGAACAACAGAAGCGGGGAAAGUGACAUGGACUUCAGGGCGGCAAUGAGCGAAAGCCCCGAGCGCCGCAAGCGGGCACAAUUUGCCGGGAAAGUGAAACGUCUUGUUCUUGAACUGGAUGGAGACAAGCGACAGCUAGACGUCGAGUUCGGCACAGGCAACAUCUGGCAUGGGCAAGUGCGAGUUGCUUCCGCUGUCAGUACGGCUCCAAUUGGGGCGGCUUCUACCCGCGUGGGCUGGGUGCACCUUGCCACCAUAGCUAGCCAGAUGGGAGUCUCCGACAGCUCGCUCACGACAAAGUGGGACGAGCUCAGGAAAGCUUUGAGCUGA